AUGGCUUCAAGGUUACUGCGGGGAGUCCAGGCUUUGAGGGCCUCUGGCCCUGCUUGGGUGGCCGUUUGCUCCAUGGCGACCGGAGGAGGUAUCCCUUCUGAUGAGGAGCAGGCUACUGGCUUGGAGAGAGAGAUUAUGAUGCCUUCAAGGCAUGAUUUGGAUCCAUACAAUAUGUUAGCCCCAAAGGCAGUUCCAGAGACCAAGGAGGAACCCAACCUGGUCCCUUCCACCACGGACAAGCAAAUAGUGGGCUCCAUCUGUGAAGAGGACAACAGUGCAGUCAUCUGGUUCUGGCUUCACAAAGGUGAGACACAGCAUUGCCCUAACUGUGGAACAUGUUACAAGCUGGUACCCCACCAGUUUAGCCACUGAGCCCCUGAACUGGUUUACUUG